UGAUAGUUUCCAUGUUGCUAAGCGCAAUGAAAACACCGGAAUGACAGUGUGCUAGGUUGAACGGUAUGCAUAUCAUAUGAAAGCAAAAUCGAACAGCGAAAAACGUAACAAAGACAGUUAAAUCAUCAACAUGGCAAGUUAUUUAAGGGAUGUUGAUCGUGAUGGACUUCCAACGAUUCGACGAACAGGUUUGCGUGAGUCGACGAGCUCCCCACACCGAAUAACCACUAUGGAAACAGAUGUCUUACACCGGUAUUCCUCCCCUAUCGCCACUACCACGUACACAACAGAGCCAAUAAUGAAUCCCAGACCCCCUUCUCCUUCACAGAGGAGGGCAGUAUCAGAGCUCAAUGAUCAGGUGAAAUCUUUUAAAGAAGAGUUAAGGAAGAAAGACGCACUGAUCCAGCAGCUUGUCAGCAUGGAUGCCAUUCCUAAAGUGACAGUACGGUCAGGAGCUGAUGCAUACAGACACGACGCUGUUUUUAUGGGUGACCGACACGCUGUGGACACAGCUAGAAGCGAAGUUGCCACUCUUCAAGUAAAAAAUGAAAAAUUACAAAUCCAUAUUUCUGAGUUAAGGACAGAGGGAGAGUCCAAAGACAUCAAGAUAAAAGAGUUGAUGACACUUUACAACACCAGCAAGGAGAACGAGCAACGUCUUACGUCUCUACUCGAUUCUCAUCGAAACCAGAUUAUUGAGCUAGAAGGCAAAGCAGGCAGUUACGAAACCGCUGUUGGACGCAGCGAGUUCACUGUUUCGGCUCUCCAGCAGCAGAUACGUGAAGGACAAGAAAAAAUAUUGGAGUUAGAGGGACGUCUGAGAACUCAUCUUGACGACCGUGAGGCUGCUGAGACAAAAUGUCAGUCGGUGACAAAGCGCAACGAUGAAUUACUUUUUCAACUCACCAGCCUUCUCCAAGUUGAGAGUAUGCAGAGUGGAUGCUGUCUUUGCCCAGAAGAUAUCGUAAGACGAUUAACAGAUCUUGUUCAAGAAAAUGCUAUACUCAAGGGAAAAAUUGUGACCAUGAGUGAGUGCCUGAAUAGUACAGAGCUGGAGACGAAAGCAAGCAGGGAAACGAUAAUGAGGCUGGUGUCCGAGGUCGGCAAGGAACAGAAGGUUGCAACCAGAUAUACAUCAGAAAUCGACAACCUCCGAAUGGAGCGAGAUGAAGCAUUGUCUACAAGAAAUACUUACGAAAGGGAGAUAGAACUUCUUAAGGAGCGACUGGAGGCGAGUCACAAGUCCGUUGAAGCCACACGUAGAGAGUUGGACCUACGAGAAACUAGAAUUAGCUCCCUUGAUCGCGAGUAUCGCAGCCAUCACCACGAUGUGCAUGUGAUUUCGACACAGCUAGGGACCUUCAAAGAAAAACUGGCUGCAAUCCUCAGCACACCCGACUACAGACUUGAGAUGUCAGAGGAAGCUAUCAUUGAACGCAUUAAAAUCAUUUAUCAGGAAAAUUGUGAAUUCAUCAAUAGGAUGGAGUCUCUGCAGGAGCGUGUGAAGACCCUGACCGAACAGCUGGAGAGCCAGUACGAACUCCACAAGUCUGCAGCUUCGCGGGCACGCAAGGCUGAGACGGACCUGUCCGAGUACGAUUCACGGCUACGCAGUGCUGAAGGGGAGCUCACAGCAGGGGAUGUCCUCCGAGACAGCUUGAGGGGAGACAGAGAAAAGUACCUGAGAUGCCUUCAGCAACUUGGUGAAAUCAUGAAAAUGGAACGCAUUUCAAUCGACUUAGGAUUGGACAUGACCAUGGAGGCUCUGAUGGCCCGUGCUGACCAGCUAGUAAAGAUGGAAAAAGACGCACUGGCCGACAAGUCAACACAUAUAUACAACCUACAACGCAAAAUCAAGGCUCUGAAGGAACAACUGGAGAGCAAGGAUCUUCAUGUGGAUCUUCUCCGUAAAAAGAUGACCAGCCUGGAAGAAAAGCUCCUGGGAAAAACAGAGAUAAUGAAAGAACGUGACGGAGAGACAUACCGAGUCCGAAAGUUGGAGAAGGUUGUGGAAAAGUACAAACUGCAAAAUCAGGACCUCCGACACGAGCUCACAAACCUCAAGGCCAACCUGCUUGGCUCCAGUGAGAUGAAGAUUCGUACCUUGGAACAGAGGAAGGAGAUUGAAGAGCUCGCUGCCCAGGUAGAUGAGCUGGAGAAAUCGAGGUCACGACAAGCUCAAAAGAUCUCCAAACUCAAGAAUUCCGUUAACUAUCAAGAGAGCGAGUCGCAGGAGAAACGAGUCAUUGCUGACAAUGCCGUACAUGCACUUUCCAGUGAGCUUCGGACAACCAAAAACGCACUCAUUUCCCUACAGAACAGGGAGAAACAGUUGCUUGACUUCCGUGGCGUGGUGUCCAGGAUGCUUGGGCUAGACUUGAGCACACUGGCGGUGCCCGACUACGAGAUAAUCUCACGUCUGGAGAAGCUGAUACAGGCACACCAUAACCACACCUUCACAACCAUGAGUAUGGAGGAGGCCCUGGCUGAUAUGGAGAGCGGUUUUAUGAGUGGCUUUGAGGAGCAGUACCCAAGGGGCACACCCACUCAGUCGACCAUUGGUCGAUCAAGAGAGCGGGCUCGCAGAAAGGCUGCACGUGCACGAGCAAGAUCUGUGUCACCCCAGCGACGGGAUCAUAGAGUUUACUGAAUAUAUAUCUCAUCUGACUCUCCCCUCCCUGUACGUCAACUCGCAAAUCCAUAGGUCUUGGAAUGGUCCAUGGUGGUGUCAGGGAUAGGCACAUCAUUAUUUAUAUCCCCAGAUGUCUUCAAACUGGAUAAACUGAAAAAUAAACUGAAAAAUAAUUGUUUUAAGAAAUUCAAGUGAAAAAGUAUUUCAGUGAUAACAAUGCAGGUGUUUCUCAAAUUUAAAGCAUAUUGAUUUAAAAGAAAAUACAUGUACACAUGUAGGUAGAAUCUCAUGUGGGUUUAAUAAUGAAGGAUGAGUUGUUAGUCUUAUUAUUGAAUUACUUCAAUAUUCCUUCGUCAUAUGUAGUGCUGGCAGUGAUAUAAAACUCAAUGGACAAUUGUAGUGAAAAAUGGAUUAUUGUUCCAAUCCAGAUACAUGUACUAGCAAUAUAUCUGUAUGUAGCCAAAUGCCAUCUCUUCUCUCUCCUUCUCCAUACUAUCUCUGGGUGUUGGGAUUUUUCUAUCAUAGGCAGCAUAUACAUUGUUUAAGUAGUCUUGGCCUUACACCUACAUGUCACCGGGCAAAUAGAGUAGUCUCCCCUCAUGACUACAGUUGUCUCCCUUGCUGGUGCUAAGCUGUCAUUUCCACCAGUCAGCAGAGAAGGGGUGAUCAUCGUCUACCUUACAUUCCUUUAAACUUGGUCUUUCAGACUAUAGCUUUUUUGUGUUAGAAAACAAGAGAAGUAGAUUUUUUUUAUGAAACUAAAUAACAUGCUUCAUAUUUUCAAUAUUUGUUACUUUGUAAUUCAUUUGUAUGUUGUAGCAUACCUGUAUGAAUGAUAUACUAUAUACUAUAGAUUAAUUUAGGACUUGAGUUUGUUAUGUUAGGUCUUUCAUUAAAACAGAUAAACUUGUUUAUAUAGCCAAGUACGAGUGUGUAUAGUAGAUGUUUCAUUUAAUAAUAUAUGUAAGAGGAUAUAAAGAAUUUUUUCUUGUCUCAAAAAUCUUUCGGGAGAAAUGUAUAUAUACCCCGGUACUUUGAUUUUCCUCACUGUCCUAAAAAGAAUGUGAUAAAAGUACAAUUUAUGUACUUGUUUUUGUUAGUUUAGUUGAAUGAGAACAAUUGUAUACUUAUAUAUCUAUAUAUGUAUGAUGCUUCAAGUUUCAUGUCUCAUAAAAAAGGCUUUAACUUAAAAUUCCUCAUCGAAUGGCUGUGAAGGGGUAAUGUUGCAAAUUUGAUGAAAACAUAAUGAAUUUUUAAAACAUUAUGAUUUCUUUGAUGCUGUUAUAUUUUUCAUAUCAUUAUCAUUGUAGUCGUAGCUCUAGUCUUUGUUCCAGUAUAUAAGCUGUUCACGAUUUUGAUAUGGCUUUUAAUAUAUGUAUUUUAACUCAUUCACACCUGAAGACACAUUUGAACUCUUCCCAUUCAAAGGUUGGAAUAGUUUAUUAUGACAUUUCAGGGGUGAAUGAGUUUAUCAGUUGAACACAUGUCAGGUUAACGAGAAAAUGAAUUAAUAAAAGGAAAACUAAAGAAUACUUGUUGUAUUAUACUACAAUUGAAAAACUGAUAUUUUUUUAAACAUUUUAUGAAUAUGAAUAACAUCGAGAAAAGUUUUAUGAGAAAGAUUUGUUUGAACUUUGUCAUGACAACCAUUGUAGAUGUGAUUUUUUUGAAUUUGUUGGUUUUAUCUUUUUAAUUCUCACGCUUUAAUCAAAAUAUAGAAUUUCUUAUAUUGUAUUUACCAUUUUUUACCCCUGACAUUUAAAUGUUGUUAUGUUGUUAAAUUGAUACACGUGACCUUUUUACCUGUAUUUAUUGUAUAAAGUUAACACACGAGUCAGUCAAGCAUUCUAUACUAUUGAAAAACAAUAUAUUUUGAUGGCAACUAGUGAUUUAAAAAUACUGAUAUAAAAAAAUGUAUUUAUUUAAAAAUUAAAAAACAUAUUGACAACAUUUAACAAAGAAAUUUUGUGCUACAAAUUGCUGUAUAUUACCGACAAUAAGCCCAUGCUCAUCAAUAAGCCCACCCCAUUUUUUCACCAUUCAGCAUACUAGAAUCAGGAAUAAAUCUUCUGUGGGCAUUUUGUGUUAAUAGCUAGAUCACAUAAAUAUGAUUAUACAGUAGGGUUGACAAAGCUCAAAUCAUGUGAAUGGCGGUGUUUAAAUUGACAAUGACAUCAGUGUAAAUUAUUCAUGGAUUCAAUGUAAAUCAACUAUGAAGUACCUGUAGUCUUUGACUACUUGUACAACACUUGUCCCCAGUGUCCUUCCCCUUCCCUGUCACAAACAAAACGGAUGUUUGAAGAUUUUGUAAUAUUUUUUAUGUUUUAUGUCACA